AUGGGAUUCCCCAAACCACAACAAUUCCAACUCAAGAUCACUAAGGAAGAGGAUUUUGCGGAUUGUGCAAAACUGCUCCAUCCCUUGGCUUGUUACAUUCUCUCUGUGGGUGUGGUGGAUCGGCUUUGCAUGCUUGCGGAGGUUUCUUUGCAGCUCUUGCAUUCCCUUUGGUCUUGGAGGAUCUCUUCUUCCGUUUGGUAUCUUGGUGGUGGAGGUGGGAAGUCAACUCGGUCUAGAUUCCGACUAACCGGGGUUCUGUGUCGGUUUGGGGCUGCAAAGUUAUCCUCCGCGGUUUCCUCUCUUGAUUUUUCUUGUCAGACUCGGGGGCUUUGGGGGCGCCGUGGGUUUUUAUCUUGUCUCUUUUGGUCAUAUGGAGGAGAUCUUUAG